GAAGACGUCGGGAGCGAUGGCGCUCCGGCUAUGAGCUCCAGCGCCGAUGUCCAGAUCCCAGAGACCACUGACGACCUUCACACAGAGGAGGAGAUGGACAUCAGCCUGACCGAGGAGGAGCAGCUCCCCGCGGAGAUGAAGGAGGAGCCGGAGGAGGAGCCUGAGAAAGAGCAGGAGCAGGAGGAAGUGGAGAUGGAGAUCGAGAUGGAGGAUGUGAAGGAGGAGGGAGACGCAGAGAGUAAAUGCUCAGGAAAGAUGCGAGAGGAGAGCCAUGACUCUGACUCCCAGAAACCCUCCAGCGUCAAACAGAAGACCAGAGAGCGACUGAGAGAAGAGUACUCUCUGGAGGACUCUGAUCUGGAGGGUCUCAGUGACAUCACCGUGAGCUCGGUCCACACCAGCGAUCUGUCCUCGUUCGAGGGAGACACUGAAGACGACGAGCCUCCGUCUGAGUCCACCGAGGAGGGAGAGAUCAGCUCUGAUGCUGAGGGAGGCCGGAAAACACCGACUGCUGAAGACUCUGAGGGUCAGGAGAAGAAGCCUCGCGGCGUGAGACAGGGAUACGUUCACAAACCCUUCCUGUACUCGCGCUACUACAGCGACUCUGAUGACGAGGUGACGGUGGAGCAGCGCAGGCGCUCAGCGGCCAAAGACAAAGAGGAGCGUCUGUUGAAGAGGCAGCAGAACCGAGAGCGAAUGGAGGAGAAACGCAGACUGAGAGCAGCUCAGAACGAAGAACAGGAUCGGAAGAGAGAGGUGGAUCAAAGACCUCGAGCGAAAGAGGCUCGAAAAGAGAAGAAGGUCCUUGAGAAGAAAGUGGCUCUGAGCAGACAGAGAAAGAGAGACUCCAGGAAAGAUGAUGAGAGGAAGAAAAACGAUACUGAAGUUGACGUCAACAAAGAUGUGAAGGCCGCAGGUCUGAAGUCAGUGAGACGGCCGUCUGAUCUGGAGGAGCAUCAGCGCAGAAAGAAGACGGACGGAGAGGAGAAAAUUGUGGACAAGAACCGCGUUCACUCCUUCAUCCUGGAUCUGGAGCUGGGCACAGAAGAGCGGAGGAAAACCGCUCGCAAAGACUCGCUCUCCAAAGAGAAGGAGCGCAAAGAGAAGGAGAAAGAGCGCGGUGUCCCUGAAGAACGACUCAAGCACAAACUCAAGAUGGAGAGCAGGAAGAGCGGAGACAUCGACGAGAAAGGAGUGGCUGAGGAGAAGAAGUGGUCAAAGGUCAAAGCAGACAGGAAGGGCUCUGUGUCUUCCCGAGAAGCGGCGGACGAAGGGAGCCUGAAGAAAGGGAAGACGGCUGUGAACGAGAAGGAUAAACCGAAGCCGAGCGGCAAGAGCGACUCGAAGCUGCUUCGACGUCUGGACUCCACCGGCUCCUCAGAGGAGAGGUCAGAGGUUGAGACGGGGUCAGAGGUCAGCCGCAAGAAAGACAAGCCGCCUAAAGAGGUUCCCAAAAGAUCCAAGAGUCACCCGGAGGCUAAAGUGGGAGAGAAGCCCAAGGUGCGGGUGGACAGGAAGGAUUCGUAUGCGGACAAGACCAGAUCCGGCUCAGAGACCGAAGGAACGAAGGUCAGAUCCCUAACGGAGAAACACAAGUCUAAACCUCAGACUCCCAAACUGGAGAAAAAAACAGAAGCCAAGGCUAAACCAGGAACCGCAGAACAGAAAAAAGACGACAAGAAAACCUCUGAGGAGAAAACAAAGGUUGUGAAGAAAACAAAAGUGCAGAAAGACUCAGACAGGAAGUCGGGAGGGAAGGAGAAUGCCCCGGAAACCGUCUCCAGUACCACCGCUUUACCCGACGACCCUUAUGCCGCUCUGAGUGACAUCACUCCUGAGUCUGAGGACGAGGAGGCGGUGCUUAAAGAGCCCUGUCCAAUGUCUGCAGAGGCCGACGCCCUCCUGAGCCUGAUGGACGUCCGCACCUCGCAGCAGGAGACGGAGGCUGAUAGGAAGAUGAAGGAAGCGGCUCUUACGCUGCUCUCCAUGGAUCCGGACAUCGCCCGCUCCUCCGAGCUCACAGUAGCCGAGGCGCUUCCUGUAGGCCUCGAGGACACAGGAAGUGCGCUGGAAUACUCUGAGGCCGAGCCCGUGGAGACGGAGGCUCUCGGGUCACAGGAAGUGACUUCAGAGACUGCUGAUGAGCAGACUGGUGAGAGAGAGACACACAUGCAUACAUACGCCGCUGAAUCUACGCAGACUUUAAAUGCAGACGCAGCUGAGUUUGAACCAGCGGUCCCCGAAGAUGUAGCUGAGUCUAUGCAGAUCCUAACUGCAGAUGCUACAGAGUUUGUGCAGCCUCUCACAGUAGAUUCGGAUGAGUCAACUCCCACCUUCACUGCAAACACAGCUGAAGCCCUCCAGACCUGCACUGCAGAUGCUGCCAAGUCCAUGCAGUCUGCUGUUACAGAGCAGGCCCUUACUGCAGACAUGACUGAGUCGCCUGUGCAGACCCUCGGUGAAGAUGCAGCUGAAACCACGCCGGCGGUCACACCAGACGCAGCCAAGUCUGCACAGACCCUCAGUACAGACAUGAAAGAGACCGAUACAGAUGAGCCAGUGCAGAACCUCAUGGAAAACACAGCAGAGCCUACACAAACCAUCAGUGCAGACGCAGCUGAUCCUGCACAGACCCUCGCAAAAAAGACUGAAACUGAUGAGCCUGCUCAGACCCUCAACACCGCUACGGAGGAGCCUGCGCAGACCCUCAACACCGCUACGGAGGAGCCUGCGCAGACCCUCAACACCGCUACGGAGGAGUCUGCGCAGACCCUCAACACCGCUACGGAGGAGACUGCAGAUGUAAAGGACAUAGAUACAGCUGAGCCUGCGCAGACCUAUACUGCUGAUACAGUGGAGCCAGAGCAGACUCUUACAGCUGAUGUAAAGGACAUGGAUACAUCUGAACCUUUGCAAACCCUUACAGCAGACACAAUGGAGUCUGCGCAGACCCUCACCACAGAUACGGAGAAGUCUGCGCAGAUCCUCACCACAGAUACGGAGAAGCCUGCACAGACUGCAGAUGUAAAGGACAUGGAUACAGCAGAACCUGCGCAGUCAUAUACAGCAGACACAGUGGAGCCUGCGCAGACCCUCACUAUAGGUACGGAGAAGCCUGCACAGACUGCAGAUGUAAAGGACAUGGAUACAGCAGAGCCUGCGCAGUCAUAUACAGCAGACACAGUGGAGCCUGCGCAGACCCUCACUAUAGGUACGGAGAAGCCUGCACAGACUGCAGAUGUAAAGGACAUGGAUACAGCAGAGCCUGCGCAGUCAUAUACAGCAGACACAGUGGAGCCCGUGCAGACCCUCACUACAGAUACGGCUGAGCCUGUGCAGACCCUUAAAGCAGACACAGCGGAGUUUGCGCAGACCCUUACCACAGAUACAGAGAAGCAUGCACAGACUGCAGAUGUAAAGGACAUGGAUACAGCUGAGCCUGCGCAGUCAUGUACAGCAGACACAGUGGAGCCCGUGCAGACCCUCACUACAGAUACGGCUGAGCCUGUGCAGACCCUUAAAGCAGACACAGUGGAGUCUGCGCAGACCCUUACCACAGAUACAGAGAAGCAUGCACAGACUGCAGAUGUAAAGGACAUGGAUACAGCAGAGCCUGCGCAGUCAUGUACAGCAGACACAGUGGAGCCCAUGCAGACCCUCACUACAGAUACGGCUGAGCCUGUGCAGACCCUUAAAGCAGACACAGUGGAGUCUGCGCAGACCCUCACCGCAGACGUGAAAGACACGGCUGCAGCUGAGUCUGUGCAGAUGGACUCUACAGACACAGGCGCUGCAUUGGUCUCAGACGAGCAGGAACAGAAGUCAUCAGACGCCUCUGAGACGGUGGAGCAGACGGAGAGCGGUACUCGGAGAGGGAGAUCAUCUGCUCCGAGGACAGCAAAUCAAAGCAAAACCGAUACUGAAAAAGAGCAAACCGCUUCUAAAGAGUGUGACGAUGAGGACGAGGAGCGCUCGAGCAGAGCUCCACGCAGAGGAAGAUCCUCCAGAACAUCUGACGCUCCUCAGAGAGAAGCACGCUCGGCUUCACAGCCAAAGGAGGCGGAGUCAGUCGUGGAGGAGGAGCCAAAAGAGCAGAACCGCAGGAGUCGCCGCUCCACAGCCCAGACCAGAGACACUCCUGCAGUGAAACCUGCACUGAAACGGAAGAGAUCAGACGAUCUUCCUGCUUCUGCUCCAGACUCAACAGCAGAGACGAAAGAAGAACCAGAUCAAGAGGCCAAACAGAGAAAAGAGGAAGCAAGUCCUUCUGAAGAUCAGGACACCGUCAAAGUGAGUGAUGAAGAGGAGGAGAGAAAGGAUGAGGAAGAUGUGACUGAGGACCGGCAGCAGAAACAGACCCGCCGAGGACGACCUUCCAAAACAUCCUCUGCUACGGACGACUCUGAUACAGGAGCGUCAGAGAAAAGAGAUGGAGACAGAGAUGACGAUGAAGAAGAGACGAAGAGCCGAGCGACGACCCGAGCCGCGUCUCGUCUGGAGGCAGAGAAGAAUAAACCCAGCAAACCGUCCACUCGAGCGGUCAGUAAACUGAGCGGGAAAGAGGAGAGCUCCCCAAACACACGGUCGGCGAGGGGACGCAAGCGUGACUCGAGUCCUGCUCUUCCUCGCACGCGUGGAGGACAGAAAACUGAAGAGCUGCCUUCAAAAAGAGCUAAGCGAUGAUCUCCAGAAGAUCAGAAGAAGACCUACUGAUGAAGAAGUGUGUGUGAACUCAAUUCAUCAGCACCGGUGUUGACUAUGACAAACUGUGUGUGUGUGUGUGUGUGUGUGUGUGUGUGUGUGUGUGUGUGUGUGUGUGUGUGUGUGUGUGUGUGUGUGUGUGUGUGUGCACUUCAGAGAUGCUCAUUCUGUGAAUGUCAGUAUUUUUCAUUUUAUAUUUUUACCUUUUUAUUAUAAACAUCAAUAUUGCUCUGAUCCUA